UUGAAUCUUUGGUUUGACACACACCACUUGACUCGGCCACUCCCGCUCACGCAGCCCCUGACGCCGCCGCCAGAGGAGCACCACCGCCGGAGUUAGGGGUGGUGGUGUUUGGUCCGCGGGGGCUGCACUCUCCCCCAGAACUCGAAUCCACGGCCGAAGCCCGGCCCGGCGACGGUUCGCGGUCAGCAGGUCGUAGCGCGGGCUUCACGGCAUUGUGGUUCGCGGAGGGCGGGGCGAGGCCGCUGUGGGCGGUGCGGCUACGCGCCGGCGGAGAAAGGAGGCGGGGUUGGGCGGCGGCACGCGGCGCGAGGCGGGGGGCAGCGGUCGAGCGGGGCCGAGGUGGAGGGCAAGACGACCUAGAUCUCGUGGUCCCCUGCGCCCGCCCGCCACCUCCCCUUCUCCACGGUCCAUCCGCCGCUUCUCCCCGCCGCCCAGCUCACCUCCCUACCACGCCGUGCCUCGCUCCCGCCGCGCCGCUGUGGACUGCGACUUGGAGGUUACAUUUGUCCCAUCCAGAGAAAGGGAACAGGGCGGCGGCGGGAUCAGGCUCACACCUCCUCCUCCAGGGGGGCCGCCACCCGCCGCGUGCGCCUCUACAGGAUGGCGCCGGCGCCGGCGGAACGCACCAUCGACGACCUCCCCGACCAUGUCCUCACCGAGGUCAUGCUUCGCGUCCCGACGCCGGCCGCCCUCGUGCACGCCGCGGCCGUCUCGAAGCGCUGGCGCGGUGUCAUCGUCACCUCCACCGGCAAGUUCCUGGAAGACUACCGCGCGCGCCACAAGUCUUCGCCCUUCCUUGGGCUCUACAUCCCGCGCGAGUUCGGUGGCCUGCCCUCAUUCCAGAUGGCAGAUUCAAUCCAGUCUGCCGACGACGACGACGACCGCGACCUCGACCUCCAGCACGCCGCAGCCAAGGCCUUAACCUUCAUCCUCGGCGGCCUUGAGAGACAUCGAGAGUGGCGCCUCCUGGACUGUUACAACGGCCGCCUCCUCCUUGCCAGGGGCGGCGAAUCCCUCGAGGUGUACAACCCGUUGUCCCGGGAACGCAUCUCGGUGGGCCUUCCGCAGGAUUUCAUCCUCCCGGAUGGCUUCUCAACGUGCUUGCUGCAAGGCCAUGGCGACCACGGGUCGUCAUUCCGAGUGGUCUCCGUGCAGAGCCAUCGGCGUGACCGGAUGGUUCAUGUUGUUGAGUACGACUCUUGUAGGAAGAGUUGGAAUCAUCACCCGGACAGGAAGAUCCUGAAGAACAUUGAGGGGACUCAACGUGAGGUGAUGCACGCUGGCAACCUCAUCUUAUGCAAAUACACUGGUGCAUCCUUGCUCUUGCUGGACACGGGGGAGAUGCAGUUUUCCGUCCUUCCCCUUCCAGGUGACAACAAUCCGAAAAGAUAUGCUAUAGGAGAGAUGGAGGAUGGUGUGUGCUGUCUUGCAGCAGUUGAGCCAGUUGGCAAAUUGAACAUCCCCCACUUGAGAGUGUGGAGGCUGGAGAAGCUGGACUGGAAGCUGGAGAAGGCAAUGAAAGUUGCGCAGGUGCUCGGCAAGCAUGCCCCUGCUGGACCUUUGUACUAUCAAGCUCGUAAGGUGACAAAUGGAAUGGCUGUUUUGUGCUCGACUGGGCGCAAUCUGCAUUUUGUUAUUGACCUGAAGACUUUUCGUGUGAUGGAGAAGUUUGAGUUCAAUAGGGAUCUCCCUGCUUUUCCUAUGCAAAUGCAUUGGCCGCCUGCCUUUUCGGUGGCUACAAUCAGUGGUGAGCUGUCCACACCCAAAGAUGGCGCUGCUGUACGUGGGGGUGAAGCGGAAGGUGCCGAGACCGACGGCAAGUGUGAAGAGGAAGCUGCUGAGACCAGCAGCGAGAAUGAAGAUGCGGCAGAGGACUCCGACACUGAAGGAGAUGCAGCGGAGGAGUCCCCUCCUCCAUCCCCUCCUUCACGCGGUCGCUGCUGUAAGCGAGUGGGCACCCCAGACCUGACUCCGGAGGAUGAUGAAGCGGAGGAGGGCAAGAAGCUGCUAGCAGAUGGGGAGGUCCUUGCUGUUGCUCUCCAGAGCCAGAAGAACAAGAGCAUGAAUCCACCGGUGGCUACAAUUAGUGUAAUGAAUCCUGGCAGCAGUGAAGGCGCUGAGACCGACUUCCGCCGACGGCGGCAGUUGGGGGAGCGUGGCAACUCUCCGCAGCCUCCACCUGACCACCUCCGGUGCCGCCGCAGCGAUGGGAAGAAGUGGCGCUGCUCAGGCCGUGCUCUCCCAACUGUAAGCUUCUGCGAGUAUCACUACGUAAAAGCCAACAAGGGCAAGAAGCUACCAGCAGAUGGGGAGGUCCUUGCUGUUGCUCUCCAGAGGCUGAAGAACAAGGGGAAGGGCCGGAAGAACUGCAAGAAGAACUUCUGCAACAGCUGCAUUAAUAAAUGAGUGAGAGUGAAGAUCAGAGUGCAAAUGGAGGUGGAAAAGUGAGUUCAGGGAUCAAGGAAGCGUAAGGGAGGAAAAAGAAUUGAACAGCUGUUGCUAUCUCCUCCAGAAGGUUUUCGCUGUCGUGCUUAUUUUCUCUGAGUCUGGAGUGCAUGAGAAAAUCUAUUUUGUAAUGCUUUGAGGUUUCAGUGCUCAGGCCCUCUGCGCGAGAUCACUAAAGCUGAUGCUGUCAUUAAUCUUGGGUGUAUGAUACAGGUUCCUGAACCAAAACUCUGUCAUCUCAUUGCUUUAUGGUAAUGAAACUCGGGCAUUGCCCUUAGUGGAA